AUGAGUGAUAAAGGCUGUGAUUUGGAUGAAGACGACUAUAUGUCAGAAGCAUUUUUAAAAUCGCUUCAAGAACCAUCUGGAUCUAAAAAAAGAAGUCUAGACUCUUCUGCUCUGACAUAUUCUGAGCGACGAAGGGAAGCGCUUGCUCGACAAAAAACUAAAGGAUAUAAUAUGCCUGUCAAGGAGCAAGCACAACAACAGUUUGAGCUAGGUCUGCAAACUCAUAUUCCAGAAUCCAAUGUCGGCUACAAGAUGCUUCUUAAAAUGGGAUACCAAAAGGGAGAAUCUCUGGGUACAUCAGAAAAUGGACUAGUUGAGCCCAUCCAAGUAGCAAUCAAAGCAAAUAAAUCCGGUUUAGGAACCGAAGAUGAAGUAGCAACAAAACGAAAACGAACAGAUGCGGAAGCAUUGCAGAUAGAUCAGGAGCAAACCCACGCACGAAACUCGUUUAGGAGCAAAAUGAAUGAGCAGUUUGAUUUAAAACGGAUUGAAUCUGAUUUGAAAAAGGCUCGCAUGAGUGUCAUGACAAUGGAUGAACGUGCCAAAGUACCAUAUCAUGCGUAUUGGCCUGUGCAAAAGGAGACAUGUGUAGAGUUGAAGGAUGAAGAGUUUGAUCGUGUCUUGACUGAUCCUGAUCAACCCAAUCUCUGCGAUGUUGAAACCCCAGAAUCCAUUUUCGAUGGUCUCGAUAUCCACGAACGGUUACGACUUGUUAACGAGUAUCUACGAACGCAGUAUUACUAUUGUCUGUGGUGCGGGUCAGUGUAUGCAGACUAUGAUGAUUUAAUAGCACAAUGCCCGGGUGAUACAUUUCAAUGUCACGAAAAUGAAUAG